AUGAUUGACCACUUUGUUAUAUUUUCUAAGACUGGCACGGUGCUAUGGUCACGCACGCUGUGCAAACUGAGCGGUGAUCCUGUGGACAGUCUAAUCAGCCGCGUCUUAAUGGAAGAUCGUGCUGGCGAAAAGAAGUAUAUCGAAGAUGCAUACUCCAUGCAGUGGGUGUUUGAAAACAAGCUCGACCUGGUCUUUGUAGUAGUUUACCAGAAAAUUCUUCAACUUUUGUACAUUGAGGAGCUACUAGAACUCGUCAAGAAAGAUUUCAUUGCGAUGUUCCCGCAACAAAUUGCUAGAAAGACACCCGUGACAUAUGAAGCAAAGUUUACGAAGAUUCUUAAAGCAACGGAGCUCAAAUUUACGAACAAACUAAUGCACAAGGGUCCACGCGCUUUCAAUUCAUCCAAAAAAGUGAAGGUCAAAGGUGUGACAUCCAGCACGACGGGCAAAACGGCGUGUUCAUCGCGUUCAACGACGACUUUAGAGAGUAGUGAAGAUGGAUAUGAUAGCAUCACGUCCGAUGGGAAGAGUAAGAGCCUGGAGGAGCUGGAGAAUGAAGCCGCUUUAAGUUCGAAGAUACGCACCAUGCGCACAGGACCGCGUUAUACGAGAAAGGAGAAGGCCUUGAAGGAGCCCAAGAAAAGCAACAAGAAAAUGACGAUAUGGGAAGACACCAAGGUUUCAACGAAGGAAGCUAAAGCGCUAGAUCGCUCGAGAACGAUUACAGCCGAAGAGGAGGAAGCGCAGCUUCGCGAAAAGCGUGACGCUUAUAUCGGAGAGAUGGAUACCAGCGAUUUUAAAGAAGUUUCCGAGACUGAUGAUGAGUCGAUAAGCUCUUCUGGAGCAGAAUCUGACUCAAGCCAGGGCGGCUGGAGCUUUUCAAAAACCCGUCUGGGUGAUUUUCUGAAUACAGUGACUGGUAACAAGAUUCUCGAGCGAGAAGAUUUGAAGUCAGUAAUCACUCCGAUGCAUCAAAUGUUGAUUACCAAGAAUGUGGCUUCGGAAGUUGCCGACGAACUGUGCGAGUCGGUCAUCGCUACUGUAGUCGGCCAAAAACUUGAAAGCUUCACGCGCAUCUCUACUGUCGUGCGCAAAGCUUUGGAGGCCGCUUUGCUGCGUAUAUUGACGCCAAAAAAGUCAACUGACGUUUUGCGAGAGAUCUUGCAGGCUAGAUCGGAAGGCAGGGCUUAUAGCAUUGUGUUCGUGGGCGUGAAUGGUGUCGGAAAGUCCACCAGCUUGUCUAAGGUGUGCUACUAUCUUAAGUCGAAGGGAAUUAAGGUCAUGAUUGCCGCCUGCGAUACGUUUCGAUCAGGUGCUGUCGAGCAAUUAAAUCAGCACGCCAAGGUUUUAGAUGUGAAGCUGUUUCAAAGGGGCUAUGCAAAAGACCCCGCCUCCGUGGCGAAGGAGGCUGUGAAGUACGGCACGGAAAAUGGAUAUGAUUGCGUGCUAAUUGAUACGGCUGGUCGUAUGCAAAAUAAUGAGCCUUUAAUGCGUGCACUGGCAAAGCUUGUUUCAAAAAAUGAGCCCGACCUAGUUCUUUUUGUCGGAGAGGCAUUGGUGGGUAAUGAUGGCAUUGACCAGCUUUCGAUGUUCGAUCGGGCUCUUGCCGACUAUUCCGACCGCCGUGAGCCGCACCGUAUUGACGGCAUUGUUAUCACGAAAUUUGACACGAUUGAUGACAAAGUUGGUGCCGCAGUAUCGAUGGUGUACAAAACUGGCCAGCCAAUCAUGUUUGUUGGCACAGGCCAAAAGUAUACGCAUCUGAAGAAGCUGAACGUGCGCACAGUACUUCGUCAUCUCCUUCAGUAA